UGCCUGUGGAUGUUAUGUUCUGUCUAGUUUUCUGAGAAAAAAACAACCCAAGAGGACCCCUUUUUGCCAGUGUUUACUCAACAACGCAAACAUGGAAAAAGGAAGAUGCUAUUUAACUUGCAGACAGAACUAUGCUUUUCUUUUAGAGGAUGUGGGACGAAGAGGAUGAAGAAAUGGAGUUAGAUUCACCUAAGACCCCUUUGUUCAAAUUCAUCAGAAGUAAGAUGACGUAUUCCGGUGGUGACGUCAGUUCUACCAAAAGAGGUGAUAUCCGGAUAAAAAAUCGGGAUGAAUCAAAAGUUUUACGUUUGGGAGAUCGAAUAAACCUUCGUAAAGAAUACAUACAACGCAGACGCUGGAUUGUUGAUUUAGAAUUUGUCUUUGCAAUGGCUGGUAUAAUUCUGAUGAUGAUUGAAACGGAACUGUACAUAACACACAACAUUUCCAAGACAAGUGUAAUAUCACUCGGUGUUAAGUGUAUUAUAUCGGUUACUACGAUGGCCCUCCUUGUAACCAUCUGUUUCAACUAUUACACUGUGAUACAGAUCAAAGUACUGGAUAUGGGAGUAAGAGAUUGGCGAUCCGUAAUUACAGCUUGGAUGGUUUUUAGUUUGCUUCUGGAGCUUAUUGUGUGUACGCCACAUCCGUUUCCGGGUGAUUACGAUAUCGUGUAUACAUCCCCGGCUGGUAGCCAGCGAAUGGUCAGCAUCGAUGCGGUGUUGUCCAUUCUAAUGAUGACCCGGUUGUAUUUGGUUGGAAAGUUUGCAGUGGUGCACAGUCGACUGUUGACAGACACGUCUACAAGUAGUAUAGGAACACUCAGUAAAGUUAAAAUCAACGCAAAAUUCGUCUUCAGGGCGGCUAUGACAAAUAAACCAGGGUUGUUGAUAUUCUUUGUCAUGGUGAUUUCGUUCCUUGUAAAUACGUGGGCAAUGAGAACUUGCGAGAUUUACUAUGAACCAGCGAACAAAAAGAAUACUUACUUAGAGACGAUGUGGCUGGUGGCCAUUACCUUCCUGACAGUAGGGUAUGGAGAUGCCACUCCCAGUAGUUACUGCGGGAGGUACAUCUCCAUCAUCACAGGUAGUAUGGGAGUGGUCACAACAGCACUUCUCGUCGCCAUGUUGGCGCGAAAUCUCGAACAAUCCCGACAGGAAAAGUACGUAUUCAAUUUCGUAUCGAGGAUGCAAAUUGAGAACAGAAAGAAAAGUGCCGCUGCCAAUGCCAUCAAAAAUGUUUUGAAAAUAUGGACUCUGCAGAAGAAUGGAGGUCAAAGUAAAGAGAUAAGGAAAUACACAGACCGUUUAAAACAUGCUCUUAAAGAAAUAAAAGUGGCCCGAGAGGAAAUGGAUCACAUUGGAGAUGGAAUGUUAGGGAUGGUUGACGUGGCACACACGGUAGACCGGAUCAGUACCGUGGUCGACAGGAACUUUCACGGACUGAAUAAACUAGAGAUGAGAAUUAACUCCCUUGAUAUGCGACUCUCUAAUAUAGAAGACAAACUGAAUGAAAUAAGAACACUUGUAUCCGCAAAGUUAAGGUAAAAUAAUCAAGUUGAUAUUUCACAGAGGGUAUUUAUACAAGGCAAUGGUAUACCUAAUGUAGCAACAGGUAGAUACUAAACCUAGCUUACUCAACUACAUGUACAAACGGAAAUCAAUUCCCUCAUUGUAUUAAGUUUAAACUAUGCAACAUAUACUGGGUAAGGUUAAGCUGUCAUUAAUAAUGUUCGAAAAACAACGUUUAAAUGUCAUUACGAAUUAUUUGUUUCAUUGCAUCAAUGCAUUUUUCAUAUCCUAAAUGAAUUCAAUAUGGUUUUGUAACAGACAUGACUCAUGCAUCAGGUGAUUAUUAGUAAGACUUAGAUCUUUGCCAUGCCUAAUUAGUAGGGUUUAACAUUAUUGAAUCGGUUUAUCCCCCUCCUUCAGUAUAAAUUCCUUUAUUGACAUCGUUUCGCUGUGUUUAUAAAAUGCUAACGCCAUAUCUUUUAUUUAUGCGUUUGUUUAAAUUGAACGUUCACUUAUGCUUGGUUUAUACAAAUGUCGAUGGUAUACUAAUUGAAAUAAAUUUAUUCUAUAUAAAAUAUGAUAAAAUAUGCAUAAAUAAUUCAUACUUUUUAAAACAAAACGUUUUUCUGAAUCAUUGUAUGAAUUGUAUUAGAGUUAUCUAUAUGCGAAACAUUUAUUACGCAUCACCAAUUUAUUCAUAACAACCUGUAGCGUUACAAAUACUUGUUUUCUUCUGUAUUUUGACCCUUCUCAAGUAUAUCUCAGUGUUGACCUCCAUUAGUAAAGAAAGGACGACUGGCGUAGUUAAGUUUUGUGUAUGUUUUGAUGACCCUGUAGGCAGACGAAACUAUACCAAUGUGGCUUAGCGCAUUUGUAUUUGCUUUAAUGCCUGUAACAAUAUGGUGGAAUUACUUGAAACUGUAGCAGGGAUACGUUGUGAAGCAUGGAUUAUCCGUAAUUGGCAGAUUCACACACAUCGAAUUUUGCUUUUAUAAAUGUUAUCACAUGGCUUGUGAAUUGUCAUAUAGUGUUGCGAUCAGUUUUCAGGUCAUGUAAUAUGAAGUUCUGUAUAUAUCACUAUGUCGGAACAAGGUGUUGUUUUACUCUAGAAGUCUCAAAACUCAUUUUUAGCUGGAAGCCAUUGGUUGCUAUGCUUGGCAAUUAUCAACGAACACGAACAACUUAAUUUGUGAAUAUGUUAAUGUCAUUUUACACUAUAGAAGCACGACGUCAUUAUUUUUUCUCGACGUCAAUUUUAUUUGUGUCAAGAUGUUGGAAAGCAAGUAAAAUACCUUUAAAACCUCUUUACUUGUGGUACAUGUGCUUUGUACAAACUAUCAUCUAGGGAUUGAAUGGAGUUAAUUUUCACAUUUAUGCCGGUAUGACACAAAUAAGUUGCGUCUAUUUGGUUAAUGAAUAAUAAAAUAUGGACAUAACAGAUUUGCAUACAUAUGGGUAUGAAUGUUUAAAAAAACAAAAUCGUAUAUUUACAAUAAAAAACUACAGUUAUCAAUUGUUUAAAUACAAAUGUUUCUUAAUAUUUACCAUAUUAAAGCUUCUCAGUGAUAAGUUAAAAUAACAUUCCUGGAAUAGCUCAAUGACAUCUAGAUGUUUGCUUCUUAUGAUGUACGAAUAGUCCAUGUUGUACGAAGCGAGAUUAUAAGCAUCAAGUAACACUAACCUAUCUGCGUUCAUAGUCCUCUGAAUUUAAUUGUUUUUUCGUAGAGUUAAUAUAAGAGUUUGCAGCGCGGAAAUGUAAGUGUUUAUGUAAAGAAGGUCUUUAGUACACGCAAAACCACACACCUGUCUUUAUCUGGCAGGACAGAUAACAUACUUUUUUUGGUGUGGCCAAAUAUUGAAAUUAAUUUGUGUAAAUAUGAAAGUUUUUUAUGCAGUUAACGUUAUAAUAACAUUGAAUUGAAUUGUGUUAAACAUUAAUAAAUGUGUUAUAU